AUGCCACUGGCUGUGGAUGAGACAGCUGGAGACCUCCCAGUGAGGGAUGUGGGUUCAAGGGGAGGGCUGAUACCUGCACUACUUGCUACGGAUUCCACCAGGGAUGUGAGGUCAUGGAGGAAGCCCCAGGUGCUGAAGAUAAAAGAUCGCCGCCACACAUUCCAUAUUCCAAGGGAGCAGCUGGAGGAUCAAUGCUUUCGCUUGCAAGAAGAGAACACUCUGCUGAAACAGCACAGUCGUGCUCAGGAGUUGAAGAUGCGCAGGAUGUCGACGAAGCUGAUGCGUCUUCAGAGGGGCCGUCCUGGGACAGCUGGCGCACGGGAGAGGGAGCUGGAUGAAACCAUUCAGGAGUUGGAGGCACGCGUGGCCACCCUAGAGAGCCAGAAAGGAAUGCUGCAGAGCAAGCUGAACCUGGCCAGGCAGCACAUCAUGGACCUGGGGGGCAGGAGCCACUACCGUCCUAAAGGAAGAGGUCCAGGUGGAGGGGGUGAAGUCCGGCGGGCAGCGCAAACAGCACCACCACGCUGCGAGUUAAGCUACCAAGAAGACACUCAUGGAGAGAUAGAAAGACCUGGAACAGACACACAGCAGGUCAGGAUGGCUGAGCUGGAACUUGCCACCCAUUUCCUGAGGGACACGCUGAGAGAGAGGGACAGGGAGUUUGAGGAUGCCAUGAGGGAGCUGAGGAAACAGCAGGCAGAAGGACACAGAAUGGCAAUAAAGGAGAAUGUGGAUGCAAUUCGACUACAGAAGCAGCUUUCAGAGAAGGGAACUGCGCUGCUGGUUAUGCAGGAGAAGUUCAACGUGCUGCAGGAGACGUACGAAGCCCAGCUGGAGGAGAGUCAAAAGUCACUUAAAGAGAGUCAGCAAAUCCUACUGAAUAAAGUUGAGGAACUGACGGAGCAGCUAAAACAAGAACGACUAAAGGCACUGACUCUGGAAGGGCAACUCACUACUGCCACCCUCUCACUGCAAGCCUCGGAGGAGCUCCAAGAACGGGUGGCUGACCUGGAAGGGGAGAGGGACCUGCUGAAGGAGAGUUAUGACCGACUGCUGCACAGCACCAUGUCCACCCAGGAUGAGCAGAAUAAGCCUGACAGGCACCUGGAAAAGCAGUCUGGUGGCCACCAGAAGAAGGAGCAGAUGGAAGGGGAUGGGUGGAGUGUGGAGCAGCGCAGGCUGCAGGAGCAGCUGAGAGCUGAGCAGGAGGAGAAGGAGAGGCUGGAGAAUGAGAGGGAGAGGAUGCGAUGGGAGAAAGAGAGGAUUAUGGAGGAGCAGCAACGUGACAGGGAGAUGUCAGAGAAACUGCAGGAAAAGAUUUGGUCCCUAGAACAGGAGGUCCUGUGCUACCAAAAGGAAGUGGCAUCACUGCAAGGAAGACUGGACUCUGUGACAAAGGAGUUUGACAUGAGUGUGGAGGACCUCAGCGAUACACUUCUGCAGAUCAAGGCUUUCAGGCUGAAGCGUGAGGAGCAAGAAAAACUCCAUUUCCCAGGAGCUGAUGGAACAUCGGAGGAACAGUUCCGGGAACUGGCCAGUCUACGGGCCUCACAUGCGGAGACGGUUUUAGAGCUGCAGAAGACCAGAGAAAUGUUGCUGUUGCAAAGUCGCAUCAACAGUGAUUUUCAGUCAGAGUUAAGGAGUUUGACGGAAAAAGCAGAGAAGGAGCGAGAGGAGAACAAAAAGAGGAUGAUGGAGAAGGACAAGCUACUGGAGAGAAGAGCCCAGAGGAUCACUACUUUACAGGCUCAACUGAAAGACUUGGCCUACAGCCCAAAGAGCUACAAACGGACAAUUCCAAUUCAGUACACUUGGUCAGGUGACAUUCAGGAAGCGGCUGAAUCGACAGAAUAUGAUACCACGUUUGGACAACUUCAAGCAGGGGAGUCUUUGCUGGAGAUUCACUUGAGGGGUGCCAGCUUCACCCCUGUGGGGCUUCGAACCAUGAAGUAUGGGUUACAAGAUAGCAAGCAUGAAGGUGUUGGCCAGGAGGUUGUGACAUUUUGCACCUAUUCCCUUUUGGACUUUGAGAUGCAUGCCACUCCUCUCAUAUCAGGACCCCAGGCCAAUUAUGGUUUCACAUCCCGCUACCCGCUAUCCCCACGGGAUAUUGAUAGGCUUAUAGGUAGAGGGGGUGGAGUCAGGGUGGAACUCCACCAGUCACUCGGUGGGGUUAAGUUCACUACCUGUGGCAUCACUUGGAUCCCUCUGUCUGGAGCUGUGGCGAAGAGGGGUGAGCGAGUGACUGGCAGGGCCAACAUCACAGGUCGGGAUGAGGAAGUCGUGGGAGUACUGGAGUUCUGGGUGCGUCUGUAUCAGCCGGUAGAACCAGCUGAAAGACAGGGGGACAGAUGGACAAACACACUCCCAGGCAUGAGGGCAACGCUGACCUGGCAGGACAGUGCAAAAGAGAAGAUGUUUGACUUCGGUGGAGGAAUUCCUAAUGAGCUGGAAGUGCUGAUGGAGCGAUGUGUGGGCCUCAGGGCACGCUGGCCAGGACUACUUCCGGAUGCCUACUUGCUGUACCGUCUCUAUGACUUGCCUCCACACGCUACUGCUACUAUUCACUGUUCCUCGGAUCCUGUGUUCAAUGACUCCGCCUCAUACCCGCUGGCUGUGACCCGAGACGUGUUGGCCUACCUUCAGGAAGGCAGCUUGUGGGUCUAUGUAUUUGAUGACAGCGAUGACAGGACACCACCAUCCUACUUGGCCAAGAGUCCAAUCCCCCUAAGGGCACUGGCUAUGGGCAGACACAUCAGAGGAGACUUUGUGCUCAGGGAUACAGGUGGCAGCCCAAGAGGUAUGGUGAGAGUGUCCCUCCAUUGGAGAUACCCCUUCCAGGCGCCGGAAGCACUGCAGAGGUUGACGGAUGUUGGCAGAGAUGAAAGACAAAUGGAAAGGAGAACAGAGAAAAGCAAAACUCUGCAGAGACCCAUCGCCAAACCCAGGUCAAAGGUAGCUUUGCCAACACUGGAGGUGGAUGCUGUGCACAGAGAGAUACAGAGGAAGCCUAUGCCUCCAAAACUCAGGCUGAGAAGAUCCAAACAAGCCACCUCUACUAAAUCACAUGGGCAAGAUAGAGGCUCCCCUACUUUGCCAUCAAGUGAACAAGAUGCACCAUCCCUCUUCACUCCAAAAAGAGAUCAUUCCACACCCUUCCAAUCUCCUGCCAGAAAGAGAGCCACACCGCUCAAGUCUUCGGUGUCAGAUCAAUCCACACCCUUCAUAUCAUCCAUGGCAGUAAAGGCAGCAUCCCUUCCCCCUUCCCCAGGUUCUAGAAAAAAUGCCUUAACUGGCUCAAAACAUGAGGAGGGCGUGUCCCUGGAGGAGGAACUGCAGGCAAAGGAAGAAGCACAGGAACCAUGGAGAAAUCGCCUGGAUAGUGAUGUAAUGGAAUCCAGCGAAUCAAGAGCAUCCUCUGGCAGUGAUGUUGUCAUCAUACCACAACCUCGUCAGUCUAUUUCAAAGGGAAACAGACUGCGAGUGGAGAUUCUCUCUCUCUCUUUCCAUCCAACGUCUCGUGUUGCCCUUGAUCAAUCAGUACAGCGUGUCUAUGUUGAGUAUCGCCUUUUGGACGUCCCUAUGGAGACCACGGAGACCCCCAUGUCUUUGCGGAAACCAACUGCCGGGGAGGAAAUACACUACAACUUCACAAGAGUGAUCUAUGUGGAUGGUGCCGAAGCAGCUCCACUCAGACAGUACCUCUACACCAUGCUGGAAGGCACUGAUCCCAACCAGGGGAGGCUGAAGUUCACAGUGGUGAGUGAACCUAUGGAUGAGCAGGAGGAGGAGUGUGUAGAUGUUGGCUAUGCCUACCUGGACUUGAGGGAACUGCUCCUAACAGGAACUGAUGUCAUUGAGCGUGAUAUUGACAUUGUCAGUGUGGGUGAUGGGGUGGAUGUGGAGGUGGUCGGCAAGCUGAAGGUGACUCUGGAGGCGGCUCACACCCUGACGGGGAUAUACUGGGAGUUCCAGAGCCAGCGAGACAGGGAGGCAGAGGAGGACAGAGAAGAGGGAGAGGAAGAGGGUGGAAUGCAAGAAGAAGAUGUGGAGCCUGUCCGAGCAGAUAAUAAUAGCGAUGAUGAUUAUCGUGACUUCUAA